UUGGUCAGAUUCUUGUUUUUCUGCUACUUGGUCUUCGUCAUGGACAAAUUCCUGCAAUAUGCAGUUGAUAAAAUCCCAACAUAAUGGAUGUGCCAUCAUCCACAAAUUGAAUUAUGAAAUGUACAAGCACAAUGAAAAUGUUUUCUUCUGUAUGUGGUAGCUUUAUUAGACGGACUCGCAUUAUUCAAAUCACCGUGAGCAUUUAUUAUUGAUUGAUAACAGAUUAGAGAACUAGCCGAUUUGAAUAAUUAUGCCGUUUGUCGUCAUGGUGGAACCGGCCAAUCAAAAGACUAGGAUUGAUUCCACCGAACAGCUGCAACCAGCUAGCAGACGAUCACUGUCAGUUCGCGCGCGCAAUAGUCAACAUGUCGACGGCAAAAUACCGUCCAUACAAGAUGGAAUGGAAGAAAGAACAGAACAUUUACCUUCGGUGAUUUUACCGUAUAUUACUUCACUAGAUAAAGAUGGGAACGUAAAUCAGGGAUAUACCUCACCAGACAUUGAGUUACAAAGCUAUUCUUUUCCCCACUCCAACAACAACUUGGCUCAGAAACACGGCUACAACAGUGACAAUCAUAUGUUGAAACCUCUAUCUAUACCUGUCACUGUCCCAUCAACAGCCACAACGGAUACAAACACCAUGAAAGCUAACCAAAGACCAAGGAUACUACAUCAAAUAAGUGACGACGAAGGGCGACAGGAUGAGUCUAUUGGCAAAGACGAUGCAGCCAAACAUAGGGCUAAGGAAUCGGUGCUGUCCGAUAUAGGCGCCGAUUACAUGAGAGUAAACGGGACGAUUGGUCCGUUCAAGCAAUUACAAAAACCGUGUUCCCUGCAGUCUCUGCCAACUUCGUCUAAAAUGAGCUAUACUUCAACGGAGGAGGCUGGUGUAGCGUUGGUGGGGGGUGGAAGCGAGUACCAAAAAUACACAGAAGACAAAACACAACAUAAAGCACGACAAAAAAAUGUCGGCUACCGUUUAGGGAAACGAAAGGAACUUUACGAGAAAAGGAAGAAGAUUUCUGAUUACUGUUUAGUUUUUGCCAUGUUUGGAAUAGGUGUCAUGGUUUUAGAAACGGAAUUAUCUAUGGCCGAGGUGUACACGAAGUCCAGUUUCUAUUCCAUAGCCCUGAGAUCACUAAUCUCUAUAUCUACUGUGAUAUUAUUAGGUUUAAUAUUAGCAUAUCAUGCUCUUGAAGUUCAGCAAAUAAAUCUCGAGUUAUUUGCUGUAGAUAACUGUGUGGAAGAUUGGAGGAUUGCUAUAUCUGUAAAAAGAGGAGUUCAAGUUUUUGUUGAACUUGCAGUGUGUGCUAUUCAUCCCAUACCUGGUGAUUUUACUUUUAAAUGGACAACACCACAAACUGAUAAUCGAAAUCCUAUAACAAGUGUGGUUCCAGUUGAUGUUGUACUCUCCAUCCCAAUGUUUUUACGACUUUAUUUAAUAUGCCGUGUUAUGCUACUUCAUAGUAAACUCUUUACAGAUGCCUCAUCCAGAAGUAUAGGGGCUCUGAACAGAAUUCAUUUUGAUACACGUUUUGUUCUAAAGACGUUAAUGACAAUCUGUCCAGGGACUAUCCUACUAGUAUUUAUGCUGACUCUGUGGAUAAUUGCAAGUUGGUUGCUCCGUGCCUGUGAAAGUUAUCAUGAUGAGAAUCAUGCCAAUAUUUUAAACUCCAUGUGGAUGAUAGCCAUCACAUUUUUGUCUAUUGGGUAUGGUGAUAUUGUACCAAAUACCUACUGUGGUCGAGGAAUAGCCAUAGCAACUGGUGUAAUGGGAGCUGGUUGUACAGCCCUGGUUGUGGCGGUCAUUGCUCGGAAACUAGAACUUAGUCGUGCCGAAAAACAUGUACAUAAUUUUAUGAUGGAUACACAGUUACAAAAAAGAUUAAAAAAUGCUGCAGCUAAUGUGCUGAGAGAAACCUGGUUAAUAUAUAAAUACACAAAACUGGUGCAAAAGGUUCAUGCCAGUAAAGUAAGAGCGCAUCAAAGAAAAUUUCUACAAGCAAUACACAGCUUAAGAAGAGUGAAGAUGGAUCAACGAAAGUUGACAGAAAAUCAGAGCACAUUAAUUGAUAUGGCAAAGACAGUAGGGGUGACAGGUUUGGAUUCCCGCAACGGUGUUUAUAUCUCCAUACCACAUGUCGAAUACCAACAGACUCAGGCUAAUAUUCAAGAGUUGGUUGGAGAGAUGCAUUCAAACCAAUACCAAAUGGAGAAAAGAGUAUGUAAAAUUGAAGACUCACUUGGGGCUCUACAGCACCAGUUACAAGCAUUACCAUCAAUGAUAGCUCAAACAUUAGCUCAUCAAGAUGAACCUUUUAAAAUUCGCCCAUUGUCCGGUACAGGGCUAGCAAGUAGGUUUUCCCCAACCCGAAGACGUAAACCUUUCCCACUUCAACCUCACACCAACAGCACCAGCGAGAUAUAAGGCUACCAUGACAACCAACUAGAGCCUCCCAAUUGGUCGUCAGCAAAUGUGACCUAAACAUCAGUGAUACAGUUCGGGGGAUUAUCGCGUAACAUCAUGCCCAAAUAUUCAGGAUUACCUGAAGAUAGAUCUGGGCGGAAUCAGAGAUAACUCUGCCGAUUAUCCAAGAACAGCCGUAUCCUGGUUGAUAUAUCAACCUAAGCAGAGGAUUCCAACUCCAGGAAAUCAUGAAAUCAAAGUCUCCUAUAUGGUGGAACCCUAGGCUGCCAGCACCAUUUUAUAAAAUAUGAGUUCAUACAAAGUUAUAAUAAUAUGCCAAAAUAAUAAAAAAAUGAGUUCCUGAGUAUAGAUAUUAUAACAGCAGCAUUAAUUUAAAAAUGGUCAAAAAGCCAGUUUUAAGAUGCAAAUAGAAAACAUAUGGUUCUUAUUGUAGGACCAUGGUAAUAAUUAAUCUAAUGCCAAAUAAAAUUCUAUACCUCAACAAAAAACUUAUUAAAUAGGCUUCCUAUAUAAUGAAGUUUAAAGUCUAAAGAGAACCUUCUCUUUUUCAGGAAAAGAAACUUGAGAAUUUUUAAUGAAAUUCCUUAUCAAAUUUAUAUUUUAUAUACCUUCACCAUAAACAAUUUUAAUCAAAGCAGAAACCAAAACAUAAAAAAUAACUUAUGUACACACAAAACUGCAUAAUAAAUAAAGGGCAUACAUGUAUUAUAAAGCACCUUCAGCCCACCAAGCCAACAAUACUGCUUCUACUAUUAUGUCUAUCUGCCAUUCCAAUCCUGUGUGAGCAAUUUACAUCUUUGUCAACAUUUCAGAACUAUUAAACUACAUGUAUUUCACUAAAGUUUAAUAUGUUGGUGGUGGAGAUUUCUUGUAACCUAUGGACAAGACAAGGACAUUAAUUUAAGAAAUUAAAAAUAACAAGUUUUUAAAACAAAAACAAAUUCAAAACCAUUAGAUCUAUUCAUUUGGCAAGACUUGGGUCAUUUGGGAACUUGAAAGUAUUGACAAAUUGCCAGUUUCCCUUCAUGCUAAUGAGAAAUCAAAUCUUUCUGCACUAGACAUUCAUAUGCAUGUAUUAUAAUUGGAUUUGGCCUGUUUUAUAGACUAGAUAUGUACCCCACCCCACCUAAUUAUUUCUUAAUUCUACACUAAAUUGCCACUAUUUCACUCAUGUUUUAUCAUGAUAGAGUAUAACAAAAUAACUUGGAUAUCUGAAAAUUAAAUACCAGUAAUGUAAGACAAAUCAGAAUAUUUGUAUUGCAUGUAUCUCUUCAGAAAACUGAACAUGUAGCUUUUUGGUAGUUGAAAAUAACAAAAAAAUUGCAUCAAAACAGACGUCCAAUUAGAAAUAGUGUGUGAUAUAACAUUGACUGAAAUUACUUUGAUUAGAUACAAAGGUAAUUUGUUAUAGAAAAGUAAGUGUUAACUAAUGUGAAAGUGUAUAAGUGUGUGUAUUAUGAACUACAAAUUCAGAUUACGGUCCAGAUAAAUUGGUGAUGAUUGGAAUAGGAUUUAUUUCUUGACUUCACUAAUGAAAUAAAUUGUAAAUGAAGUGAGUGACAAGUGUGAAUUAACUUGCUUAAUAUAAUGUAUAUAUUAACUAGACUGUAUAAAUACAGUCAGAGGAGAGAUUCAUAUAAUACUUCUAUACCUCAAGAAAGAUGUAGUGAAAUUGAUCUUUAUUGUUUAUUUGAAUGAAUUAAUUUGCCUGUAAAACAAGUUAUCUCAGCUGAGAUGUAUACAAUGAAGCUUGAUUGUACUGUAUGUUUAAAAGACUUGGUCUAUAUGUUGCAAAUAUAAUAAACAAUAUAUUUGCUAUUUUAGAUUUGUUUUUCACAAUUUAAUAAAGGGAGUGUUAAAUUUAAAAAAAAAUUGUAGUCUUUCUGUACAUCAAGAAAUAUGUGUAUAUUCUAUACCCCAAGAUGUAAAUAUAAAAUUGUUUAUAUGUAUAUUAUCUGGAUGUAUAAUUUUGUAAAUUGUGCUAACUGUGUACAUUUUAUUAUCUAAACCUAACAAUUUAAUCAAAAAACUGUGAUACCUUGAGUGAUGGAGUCCUAUACAAUAUGUGUGUGAUAUUCCAAACAAAUAUAAAGUUAAUUUUUAUUUUCUCUUAAAAACUGUUUCAUAGAUUUUUUUUUUUAAAUGAUUAAUCCUUGACUAAAAAUGGACAUUAAAUCUUCCAAAAAGUUUUAAAAUUUCAUAUAAAUAUUGUUUGUGAUAUUCCAAAACAUUUUUUGUCUUAAUUAUUCAUAAUUGACAAUUUUGUUAAUUUUGUUUCAGUAUCUAUCCUCAAGCAACAGUCAUCUACUCAAAUAUAUACAUCAAGUUGUUUAGUUAAUAAGUAUUUAUUUGAUGUGUAUUGUAGUAUAAAUGUACAUGUAAGCAUAAUAUAUACAGUUUGUAAGCAGUAUGGAGCUUUAGAAAAGUAUUAUUAUUUGCAUUUCUGUUCAGAAAUUGAUGUGUUCAAACAGUAGUAUUCAUGGUAUUAUGCCAAAACAUGGGCUACAGUCAAUAAUAUAAUGGAGCCUAUCCAAUUAUAUUGUGUUGGAAACAAAACAACUAUGUAUAUCUUAAUUUCAACUAAUAUUAGAAUGCUGCUUUCACUAUUAAUUAGCUACUUUACCAGAAAUAAUUGAUAAUAAUUAUUCUUGCUUACAUAUACAUGAGGUUAUAAUGAAGAGUUGGGUUCAUUUUUCUUUAACAAAGUAAAUUAUUAAAAUGUAUGUGAUGUAUGCUUUAAAAUAAAGAUAAAUCAUUUUUAUGUACAAAUAUUAAUUAUCUGUUUUAUUAGCAUACAAUACUAAAUUUAGAUCUAAAGCUUGCAAACAUUACCAUAUAAAUAUGUGUAUAUAUUGUUUGUAAAAAGGGUUAUUUUGUAUAAAUUAACCUUCUUGUUGUUAUAUGACCUUUUAUUUCUUUUGUUAUCCUUUCAGAUGUUCCAUUUUGAUUAAAAAAAA